UCCCCUUUCAACUGUUCGUCACAAGUACUGUGUGACUGAGCCGCAAGGAAAACGCAGACAGACGCAGCCCCAGAUUUCUUUUCCAUCAAAACACCCCCCGUUCCCCUGCUCCCAUUCCGCCCCGGAUUUCGAUUUCGUCCUCCCUUCGCCGCCCGCGCCAAUACUUUCCUCUGCCGGGGCUGCACCGGCAGCGCGGGGUCGACAACAGCUCGAGAUCCGGUGACUGAUCUCCUUUGUUUCUCGGAGAAAUCGAUUCUGUUAGCCAUGUGGAAAAAAUUGGGAAUUGAGUUAUGAGAUGGAAGACAUGAGAACCGUGACAACUUGCUGCUGCAUUACUGUAUGAUUUUACUUGGGAACUUGGAAUCCUCAAUGCUGUCCUAGCUCCCAAGUUUUGCUUGCUGGACUUGUGGGUUAAAGUGUGAAUAGCUGAAGCGUUCUUUGGCCUUACAGUACUGCCGAACAAAACACUCAGCUUCUGGAUUGUGGUCUGCGGCAUCUUGCUAGUCUUCUUCCAGAUUGCUUCCUAAUAAUGAUGACACAUGAAUGGGCUGCCAAUUUGGCUCUUGCUGGUCUGAGCUUGGCGCCGCUUGUGGUUAAUGUAAACCCAAAUGUGAAUGUGGUACUGACAGCAUGCCUUACUGUCUAUGUGGGUUGCUACCGUUCUGUUAAACCAACUCCACCCUCUGAGACCAUGUCCAAGGAGCAUGCGAUGCGGUUCCCCUUAGUUGGAAGUGCUAUGCUUUUAUCACUGUUUCUUCUAUUCAAGUUUCUCUCAAAAGACUUGGUCAACGCUGUGCUCACUGCCUACUUUUUCAUUCUAGGCAUUGUUGCUCUCUCUGCAACACUGCUUCCUUCUAUAAAACGUUUUCUUCCAAAAGAGUGGAAUGAUAAUCUCAUUGUCUGGCGUGCUCCACUUUUCCACUCACUCUCGGUGGAGUUCACAAAGUCCCAGAUUGUUGCUUCAAUACCUGGAUUUUUCUUCUGCUUGUGGUAUGCGUCAAAGAAGCAUUGGCUUGCAAAUAAUGUUCUGGGAUUGGCUUUCUGUAUUCAGGGGAUUGAGAUGCUGUCAUUGGGAUCAUUUAAAACCGGAGCCAUUCUCUUGGGUGGACUUUUUGUGUAUGACAUUUUCUGGGUGUUCUUCACUCCAGUUAUGGUCAGUGUGGCUAAAUCUUUUGAUGCUCCUAUAAAGCUUCUGUUUCCUACUGCGGAUGAUGCACGGCCAUUCUCCAUGCUUGGCCUUGGUGACAUUGUAAUACCUGGCAUUUUUGUUGCACUUGCCUUGCGCUUUGAUGUCUCAAGAGGUAUCAAGAAGCGUUACUUCAACAGCGCAUUUUCGGGAUACGCCGUGGGUAUGGCGGUGACCAUCAUUGUAAUGAACUGGUUUCAAGCUGCACAGCCGGCUCUACUGUAUCUCGUUCCAGGUGUGAUCGGAUUCGUCGCCGUACACUGUCUCUGGUACGGAGAAGUGAAACAGCUGCUGGAGUUCGACGAGUCAAAAGCUGAGGCGGAGGAAGGCGGUGCAGAAGGAGAGCAAGAUGGUGAUGGUUCCAAAGCCAGCAAAAAGGUGGACUAGCAUGAUUUAGUUCCGGGAGGUAAAAAAGAGGACAGGGAGACAUUUUUCGUGUAAGGUCGUCUUGCAGCUAGCUAGCUAAACGGGCUUGUUGCCCUCUCUAAUACUUACUUGAUAACUUAGAAAAUGGUUCAACAUGAUACUAGUUUUUUGUUUGUUUGUUUUCCUUUGCGGAUCAUUUAUUUGGCUCGUUAAGGAAUUCUCUCACCAGUCGCCAGAACCCUGACUGGGCC